AAUUUUGUAGCAUACGCCAUACAAGUGUUUAUUACUACUAUAGGUCGGAAUUCGGAUGAGACACAUUUAGUCCAUAUUGCUAACAGACUUCAAUAGAUAUUUUUUUAUAUUAAAUAUAAACACUUUAAUCUCAGAUAUUUUUAUCCUCAAUUUAAUACGAUAUAAAAUAAUAUGUCAUAAUUUUAACCUCUAUUGUGGUUAGAUUUUUAAAUUUAUAAUGAUGAAUUAAUCUAAUAAAGUAGUAUAUCCAACUUUAAAACUACACAGUCUACACUAUGUUUACGAGACAACAUGUUUCCCGUGUUCGCUGUCUAUACAAGCUGAUAUUUCGAGUACAUAGAGCUCUACCACCAGAGUUGAGAGUUCUAGGAAACAAUUACGCAAGAGAUGAAUUUAAACGCCACAAAACUUGCAGUACUGAAGAAGCAAAAAUUUUUCUUAAUGAAUGGACGGAUUAUGCUAUUAAUAUUGCUAAACAGACAAAGCCUCUUAACCAAGCUAGAAACAAAGAUAUCGGAAAAUACCUGGAUCCAAACCUAUUAGACUACAUGACUGAUGAACAGCUUGUUCAGCUUUACGAAUUGCAUAAAGCUACAUCUUUAGGACCUGAUGAUGAAACUGGUACUGGAAAUUUAAAUAAUGAAAAACAGACUAAACCUUAAUAUUUAUGUGAUUGUAGUUAAUUAUUUAUUUUUGUAUUGAUGAUGUUAUAAUACCAAUUCUUUAGAUUUAUAAACUGGUAGUUUUGUUUUA